AUGAUGAACAUCACCCGCGUUCUACCGAGACGUAUUGUUCCCUUGAGAAGCCCUUGCAUUUUCCUCAAGUCCAUGUCUACCCAUGCCGAUAAGAGUCCGAUGGACCAGCCCACUUAUAUUUCCCCCAUUGAUGCGGAGCCACUUCAUCGCUACCGACAAGGCGGUUACCACCCAGUCACCUUAGGAGAAUACCUUAAAGCUGGAAGGUAUAAGGUGUUGCAUAAAUUAGGAUGGGGUGGCUACUCGACAGUGUGGGCGGCGAGAGACCAAAGGUUAUACAUACCAAUGACAGAGACAUACGUCGCUGUGAAGAUUUGUAUUGCUGAAAAGGGACAUGACAGGGAGACGCGAGAGCUCCAAACUAUGAAGGAACUGGCGUCUUAUCACCCGAGUCUGACGCAUGUGGUGCAGUUGCUUGAUGAUUUCGAUCUAACGGGUCCAAAUGGAUUUCAUAAAUGCCUCGUUUAUGAACUUCUGGGGCCAAAUAUUCCAGACGUAAUUGAUGCACACUUUUCCGGUGGGAGACUCCCCGGGAGGCUUGCCAAAACAAUUGCCAAGCAAAGUCUUGCCGGGCUUCGUGAUUUGCACCAACGAGAUAUUGGACAUGGAGAUUUGCACACUCGCAAUUUGGCCUUCACCAUGCCUUACUUGGAUAAGGUAACCGAGGAGGCUUUUUUUGAGAUAUUAGGAAAACCCAAAAUAGGCCGUGUCCAAAGGCGCGAUGGGAAAGGCCUUGGGCUCGGCGUGCCGGAAUAUAUCGUUAAGCCUAACUCAUCUCGAACACGCCUUUGGAAGUCGGCUCAGUCGAUUAAAAUAAUUGACUUCGGAGAAUCAUUUUCAUGUUCUGCUGUCCCUCAUAGGCUACACACACCUUUGCCUGUUCGAGCACCCGAAGUUAUAUUUCAGGAUAAACUUGAUCAUCAUGUUGACUUGUGGAGUAUGGGCUGCAUGCUCUUUGAACUUUUUACGGGCCAGCCACCUUUUGACACCUUCUUAAUAACACCCCCAAUUCUGGUCGGUCAAAUGCAAGAGAUGGCAACUGAUGACCUACCUAGAAGAUGGCAAAAGAUAUGGGAUACGAUGAAUAAAGGGAACGACGUGACCGCUGAAAGCCCCGGGCCCAACUUGCAAGAAUGGCUGGAAGAAGUGUAUUUUGAUGGACGCCAGAUCACUGAUCUUACAAGAAAGGAUAUAGCGAGGCUUGGAAAAAUCAUUGGAAGGUUGUUUUAUUUUGAACCGUCGGCAAGAGCAUCAGCGAGACAGAUCCUAGAUGACCCUUGGUUCAAUGAGUAG